UGGAUCCACAGGAUCCCUAAAUCAAGGUCCCUGCUCGCUGAUCCACCGGUCGCAGCGUCCUCCUCCGUCGGUUCGGGGAGAAAACGCUGCUGCUUCUCCGUUCCCUUCAUCUUCUUGUUGAUCUUAGUCCUCGUUUGCGCUGGUGCGUCUGCUCCGUUUCUACUCGGAGGAGGUGAGGUGGUUCCUUCCUCGACAAAUCCGAAGUCACCGAUCGCAUCAUUUCGGUGGUCGAACUUUCAGAAGAUCGAUCCUUCCAAGGUUUUCUCAAUCAGGGCGCCAUGAUGGACAACAAACGAAUCUCCAUUUCUUCCUUUGUUAUUUUGCUGCUGAUUCAAUGUUUUGCCAUAAACGCUUCAGAUGAGUUGUUCUACGAGUCAUUCGAAGAAAAUUUUGAAGGUCGGUGGAUCGUCACUGAGAAGGAUGACUACAACGGUGUAUGGAAACAUACUAAGAGUGAGGGACAUGAGGACUACGGCCUCCUUGUGAGCGAGAAGGCAAGGAAACACGGCAUAGUUAAGGAAUUGGGAAGUGCAGUAGAGUUCAAGGAUGGAACUGUUACUCUGCAAUUUGAAACCAGGCUGCAGAAUGGGCUUGAAUGUGGUGGGGCUUACUUGAAAUUUCUUCGUCCUCAGGACGUUGGAUGGACACCCAAACAGUUUGACAAUGAUUCGCCUUACUCCAUUAUGUUUGGACCAGAUAAAUGUGGUUCCACUAACAAGGUCCAUUUCAUAGUGAAGCACAAGAAUCCCAAGUCUGGCGAAUAUGUUGAGCACCACCUGAAAUAUCCUCCAUCUGUCCCUUCCGACAAGCUCACUCAUGUUUACACUGCUAUAAUAAAGCCUGAUAAUGAACUGAGGAUUUUGGUUGAUGGGGAGGAGAAAAAGAAGGCCAACUUUCUGUCACAGGAUGAUUUUGAACCAGCUUUCAUCCCAUCUGCUACGAUUCCUGAUCCGGAUGAUAAGAAACCAGAGGAUUGGGAUGAGCGAGCCAAGAUUCCAGACCCUGAUGCCGUGAAGCCAGAGGACUGGGAUGAAGAUGCACAGAUGGAAAUUGAAGAUGAGGAGGCUGAAAAGCCUGAGGGUUGGUUGGAUGAUGAACCUGAGGAGAUUGAUGACCCCGAAGCGACAAAGCCAGAAGAUUGGGAUGAUGAGGAGGAUGGAGAGUGGGAGGCCCCAAAAAUAGAGAAUCCAAAGUGCUCAGAAGCGCCAGGUUGUGGUGAAUGGAAAAGACCCAUGAAGAGGAACCCGGCCUACAAGGGCAAAUGGCACGCACCCAUGAUUGACAACCCCAACUACAAGGGCAUCUGGAAGCCCCAACAAAUUCCAAACCCUGACUUCUUUGAGCUUGAGAAACCCAACUUUGAGCCUAUAGCGGCUAUUGGCAUUGAAAUCUGGACAAUGCAGGACGGGAUUUUAUUUGACAAUAUUCUGAUUGCAAGUGAUGAGAAAGUCGCAGAGACGUACCGUGAGAAAGCAUGGAAGCCCAAAUAUGAUGCCGAGAAAGAAAAGCAAAAGGCUGAUGAAGAGGGUGCCGGUCCGCCAAAAGGGCUUGCAGGCUUCCAGAAAAAAGUGUUUGAUAUCCUUUACAAGAUAGCCGACAUCCCAUUCUUGGAAGCAUAUAAGGCCAAAAUCAUCGAUACCAUUGAAAAAGGUGAGAAGCAAGCAAACCUGACAAUUGGUGCACUGGUUUCUAUUUUGGUGGUUAUCAUCACGCUCUUCCUCAAGGCUCUCUUUGGUGGGAAGAAAUCAUCUUUUCCACCUCAAGCUGCGCAAGUAAAGAAGGAUGAUGGGCCCGGGGAGGCAGAUAACGAUGGCGGCAACGCUGAGAAAGAUGAGAAUGAGAAAGAAGAUAAUGCUGCCCCUCGUCAGAGGAGAUCUAGAAGAGAAACAUAGGCUUACAAUGGUCAGGAUUUUGAAUUGCAGUUGUUUCACCGCUACGUGCUCUGCACUCUGUGAGUCAGUCGGUAGUAGGGCAUUGUAAUUUAGAGAAGGUUUGCGACUAUUUGUGAGUCUGCUUUUGGUAAACUUUCAGCAAUUUUCUAGGAUCUUCAGGGCAUCAUUGUUUCCUUUUAUAAGGACCUUUUAUAUACUUGUUUAGAAAUUUUUAAAAGGUUUCUUUUUUGUGGCUUGAA